UUUUCUCCAAGAACACCAAUAUAGAUCGCAGAGAGAGAGGUUCUUGACCUGUGAAAAUUUCGGAAAAUGGCAGGUCUUCCUCUUCCUCUAGGUUCUGAGAGUCAGAAAAUCCAUGAACGCUUUUGUGUCAUAUUCGAGGACUGCAUUGACAACAACAUGAGCAAGGCUGAAAUUUUGAGUUAUGUGCGUGAUAAGUAUCUAAUCCCACUUUAUGAUACCAACAGAGUUUGGAAUCAUCUUGAAAGGACGAAUCCAGAUUUAUUCAUAGCAUACAAUGCAAAGAUCCGUGAGCGCAAGGCACAACCAUUGUGGAAUUCUUCGAAUGUCCAGAGAUACGCUGCUGCUGCAUCACCACAAGAAGCUAAUGCUGUUCAUCCUAGUCCAGCGGGACCUUCCAGAGCUGCUAAUGCUAUAGAGAACCAAAACGUUCAAACCACUCUGCGGCAGCCAGUUGUUCCCAACGAUUUUUGUCAGCAGGUUUUGAAUGCUUUGGGUCAGAUUCAGAGUACUACAGAACAGAUGCUCAAACUACUGUCUGAUGGUCAUGGAUUUUGUCCACAUCCUCCUGCUACGGGAUCCUUGAAGAGAAAGCGAGUUGGUGAGAAUGAAGAGAGAGGUGAAAAUGAAAAAGGAGAGAAACUGCAGGAGAAUGAGAAAGGUGGCAAUGAAUCAGCAGAUCAUGGAGAAAGAGGAAGGUGACAAUGAAGAAGCAGAAAAGAAAGAGGAAGGUAACGAUGAAGAACUGCAGAAGAAUAAGGAAGGUGACAAUGAAGGACUGCAGAAGAAAGACGAAGGGGACAAUGAAGAACUGCAGAAGAAUCAGAGAGGUGACAAUCAAUAAGCAGAGAAGCUGCAUGAUCAGAACCUAUAAAGGUCACAAUAAACGCAUUGACAGUUGUUACAUUAGCGUAGUUUUUUUGAUUAACAGAACAUAUUGCAGAGGACGACACAUACAUGUUGGUUUGAUUUCUUACUUUCUUAUUGUCAUCAUAGAAACUACUGUUAGCUAUUGCCAGACAUGUUGGUAUGAUGCUUAAACAUUGGGGAGAAGAAAUUUUAUGUUUCUUGCUGGUUUUGUUGAGGCUUUGGUCUUGUUAGUCUU